GGUAUUGGUUGUUUUUAAAAAAAUCUUACUCCCGAGCUCCGCACUAGGGUUUGGGGCCGCCGUCCGCCAAUCUCCGGCCGCUGCACCUCGUUUCCGCUGCCGCCUCCGUCUCCCGGGAGCCACAGGAAGGUUGGUCGCUGCCUGCCCCCCCGCCCUCACUGGUCCGCAGUGCGCGGCUUCCGCGUCCCUGUGGACGAGCGCGACGUCUCCAUUGACGCCGGGCUCCGCCGAGAGUUCCAGGCGCUGCUGGCGGCUCAUAUCCAUGAAGCGCGAGCAGGAGCGCCGUCGCCGCCAAGUCCUAGCCCGGAAUGGAUUGAUUGGUACACUGAAUAGAAGAAAGGACUCGCCCUAUCAACAAAUUGGCGAUGGUGAUUCUCAAAAUGGUGAAACAUUGACAUAUUCAAUCCCAUACCUUCCAGAGAACAUCUGGCAUCGUAUACAUUCUCUAAUGCCAAUGCGUGAUGCUGCUCGUGCUGCUUGCCUUUCUCGCGCCUUUCUACAUUUCUGGACGUACUAUCCCAACCUCACCUUGGACUGGAAUACGCUUUGCUCCAAGGGACAUGGAGGAAAUUUGAGCUGCAAAAUUGACAGCAUAAUUAGGAACCACUCCGGAAUUGGCUUGAAGAUAUUGAAGCUUAAUUUAGGUGACGAUGACCAUACCUUUCCUCAUAUCAACAGUUGGCUCCAGUUUGCUGUUACACCAGGGAUUGAGGAGCUCACCCUUAAGCUAUAUAAAAAGUACAACUUCCCAUGCUCACUUUUAUCUGAUGGAGUUAGAAACUCAAUUCAGUAUCUUCAACUUGGCUCUUGUACCUUCCGUCUCAUGGCUGAACUUGGCCCCUUGAGAAGCCUAAGAAGUUUGCAUCUGUGUUCUGUGCGUACUACUGGGGAUGAAUUAGGGUGCUUUAUUUCCAACUCCCCUGCUUUGGAGCAGUUGAAACUUUAUGAUUGCAAGGAGAUAAAUUUCCUAAAGAUACCUUGCAUGCUGCAGCGGUUCACCUGCCUGAGUGUUGUUGGAUGCUGGGGGCUUCAAGUGAUAGACAUCAAAGCUCCAAAUCUCUCCAGUAUUGACGUUAGCGGAGAAAAUAUUAAACUCUCACUCAGAGAAGCAUUGUGCAUGAAGGACUUGCGCAUGCGCUGUCCCAAAGUCGUCUGUUAUGCGCUUGCUGAGCUGCCGUCCAUUAUGCCAAAUCUUGAGACUCUUAAUUUAGGUUCAGAUGAUGAGGUGGUUAAUACACCGAUGCUGCCUACCAAAUUCAUCUACCUCAAGCACCUGAGUAUUCAAAUUACGGGAGAGACAUUUUCCCCAUCCUAUGAUUAUUUUUAUCUGGUUUCUUUCUUGGAUGCAUCUCCUUCCUUGGAGACUUUGUUCUUGGAUGUAUCUCAGGAAUAUGUGGAGCAUGAAUCAGUUUUUGGAGGUCCCUCACAUUUGAGGCAGCUGCCUGAGAAUCGCCAUGUCUGCCUGAAGCGUGUGGAGAUCAUAGGGUUCAACUCUGCAAAGAGCUUGGUUGAGCUAACAUGCUGCAUUGUGAAGAACGCAGUCUCACUUGAGUUCCUUAUGUUGGACACCCUUCGUGGUAGUCACAUACGUUGUGGAAAAAAUAGUAAAAAGUGUUGGCCCAUUAGUAAGUCUGAUCUCAAGGAAGCCUCUAGAACGGUCGUGGCUAUAAGAAGGUUCAUUGAGGAUGAAGUCCCGCCUACAGCUAAGCUGAGUGUUCUGGAGCCUUGCACACGGUGUCAUUCGAGUGGAUGAUGGUUGAUGUCAUAAGCUUGCAGCCGGUGAAAUGCUGAUGGAGGGUGGUAGAUGUCAUAUAAGUUAUCUUACUUGCGCCAUGUAUGAUCAUUUAAACUUGAUACCAUGCUUUGUUCCUUAGAUUAUUGGAUAAGUUAUUUUAAAGGUGGAGUGUGUUGUGACUUUAAUCAAAUUAUUAUUAUAGCUAAACCAUUUUUUCUUUGAUGGAU